AAAGGCGGCCCCCACCGGCUCGCGGUCCAGCCUUCGCGGUGCGCAGGCGCUAGCUCUCUCCUUGUCAUUCGGCGCCGCGUGCAGGCGGUUGACUGUGGCGGUGGCGGUCAAUUGUCUCCGGCACCAUGAGCGGUUUCAGCAGCGAGGAGCGCGCGGCGCCUUUUACCCUCGAGUACCGAGUCUUCCUCAAAAAUGAAAAAGGACAAUAUAUAUCUCCAUUUCAUGAUAUUCCAAUUUAUGCAGAUAAGGAUAUCUUUCACAUGGUUGUUGAAGUUCCACGCUGGUCUAAUGCAAAAAUGGAGAUUGCUACAAAGGACCCUUUAAACCCAAUUAAGCAAGAUGUGAAAAAAGGGAAACUCCGUUAUGUUGCGAAUUUGUUCCCCUACAAGGGGUAUAUCUGGAACUAUGGUGCCAUCCCUCAGACUUGGGAAGACCCAGGACACAAUGAUAAACAUACUGGCUGUUGUGGUGACAAUGACCCAAUUGAUGUUUGUGAAAUUGGAAGCAAGGUAUGUGCAAGAGGUGAAAUAAUCAGGGUGAAAGUUCUGGGCAUAUUGGCUAUGAUUGAUGAAGGAGAAACUGACUGGAAAGUCAUUGCCAUUAACGUGGAUGAUCCUGAUGCAGCGAAUUAUAAUGAUAUAAAUGAUGUCAAACGGCUGAAACCCGGCUACCUAGAAGCUACUGUGGACUGGUUUAGAAGGUACAAGGUUCCUGAUGGAAAACCAGAAAAUGAAUUUGCUUUCAAUGCUGAAUUUAAAGAUAAGGACUUUGCAGUUGAUAUUAUUAAAAGUACUCAUGACUAUUGGAAAGCAUUAGUGACUAAGAAAACGGAUGGAAAAGGAAUCAGUUGCAUGAAUACAACAGUGUCUGAGAGCCCCUUCAAGUGUGAUCCUGAUGCUGCCAAAGCCAUUGUGGAUGCUUUACCACCACCAUGUGAAUCUGCCUGCACAAUACCAACAGAUGUGGAUAAGUGGUUCCAUCACCAGAAAAACUGAUGGGAUUUCUCUGGAAUAUAAGCUGAUACUGCUGCAUCCUACUCAUCUGGAACUAUUAGAUGCAAAAGUAGUAGCUUUUCAAAGCUUUAAAUUUAUAGAACUCAUCUAAUUAAAGCAAAUUCUUCUGUGACCAGUCUAAUAUAUUCAGAAUGUUACCUAUCAGAAUGUUACCUAUCCAAAAGCAUUUUUCGUAUUUCAAGUAAGAUAAUUUAGUACAUGCAUAAAUGUCAAAGCAGUUGUGGUUGAAAGUCAUUUGUGAAGAGAUGGGCAAGAUGAACACAUAUUGGAUGUGUAUGUUUACCAUGUGUUAGAAAAUAAAAUUAUUUUGCUGAAA